CGUCCAGGGCUCGCCUCCUAUUCCAAGGCGCUCAAUCGUAACUCAACGACGAGCACUCUCCUACGUAGACAUCCAGCAGGAGAGGCUAAUACCACACCACAGGCUGAGACGCGCUCCACAAAAUAUACCUGCGGGCUGAACAAUGUCCUUGAGCCCAAAGCACACAACGCCUUUCUCCGUGACAGAUAUUUUGAGCCCAAUUGAGGAGACAUACAAGAAGUUCGGUGGCAUGGAUAGCGCAGGUAGCCUCACCUCUCCGCUUGGAGCUUACCGACAACCGCAGGUUUCUCAGUCGAGCAUGCAACAGCACACCGUGGGCCAUAACGCCGCGGUGGCGACCACCUACCACAUGCCACACAGCGUUUCCCAGUUCUCGCACAGUGCCAUGGGGGGAUAUUGCAAUGGGAGCAUUGGCAACAUGGGUGACCUGCCAUCUUACCAGGAAACCAUGAGGAACAGCGCAGCAGCAACCGGCUGGUACGGGACGAAUCCCGACCCUAGAUAUUCAACAAUUUCCAGAUUCAUGGGACCAUCAACCGGAAUGAAUAUGACGGGAAUGGGUACGCUGACAGGAAUGGACGCCACCAAAUCAAUGGUAACACUGCACGCUGCGCCCCGGAGGAAGCGGAGAGUUCUGUUUUCACAGGCCCAGGUUUACGAACUUGAGAGGAGAUUUAAACAACAGAAAUAUCUUUCUGCGCCCGAGAGGGAGCACUUAGCCAGCAUGAUUCACCUCACUCCUACUCAAGUUAAAAUCUGGUUCCAGAACCACAGAUACAAAAUGAAGCGGCAGGCCAAGGACAAAGUUGCCCAGCAGCUACAGCAGGAUAACGGCAACUUGUGCCAGCAGCAACAGUCGCCGAGGCGCGUAGCCGUUCCGGUUCUAGUUAAGGACGGUAAACCGUGUCAGAACGGCUCCAGCACACCGACGCCGCCACAACAGCACGCCCAUCUUCAUCAUCAGCAGCAAAACGGCUCUGGGGGAGUGAUCCCAGCUCCUAGCAAUACGAUUAACCAACAUCAAAACCAACAAGUAAAUACUUUAACCCAGGCCCAAGAACAGGAAGAAAUGUCACCCAGUCCCCCUUCCCUACACAGCCAGAUGGGCGGCAUGGCACAGAUCGACACGUCCGUCAUAGAUUACACCGGUAAUAUGGUCAACGCAAACCUGCUUUAUAGCAGAGCUUGGUAGGGCGGAUUAUACAUUUCUUUUUAAUGUGGAGAUACAGUGCUGGGAGAACAGGCAGAAAUCGCACCAAGCAUCCCUGAAGACUAUUCAUGGAUCAUCAGGACUGCUGACAAUUUCUUUAUCUUUUCAAAGGGCAACUAUUUUAGCAAAAUAAAUGGUUGCCCAGCAUGUGUGUUAAAAUGUUGGACUUUAUUAUUGUGUGAUUAUGAUGGUUCAAGAGGGGAAUUAAUGCUGCUCCACAUUUCGUGGGAAUUCUAGGGGUGGCGGGUGAGGUAUAAUACCCAAAUGAAUUACCACUGUAUCACAAUAUUCUACCUGAUAUUUUAUUAUUGUUGAAAUAAGUAAACAUUAGUUUAAUGAAAACUGAUACUGUAUAUUUGGCUAACAUACGAGACCGAGUUUACCUGUAUUAUAGGCUACUUGUUAUACGUUUUUAAAAAAGGCGUUUCUUUUUGUAAGUUAACGGGCACGUGACGGUUACUAUAUAUCACGCAUACAUAUCAAACACAUUUAACGUUAACAAUAAAUCGCUUGAAGCGCAAGCCAUUUCUGAGCAAUUAAUUGUAUGUUCUAUUGGGAGUGCAUUUUCCUGAUGACAAAACAACCCGAACUGGAAAGCGUGGUCAACGGGAGUAUAGCAUAUUCUGCAACAUCUAGGCUACAUCAGGGUUGGCAGCCUUCGUAAAGAAAUGAGACAAAUACAGAAGUAUACUUAAAGUUAUUGAAUAGUUUAAUGAUAUUUUAUUUAUUGUACUUUUUAAAAUGAUAAAAACCUUUAAAUAAUUUGGUUGCGCACACCAUUGUUUAGUAGAGCGUUAUACACGGAUUUUUAGCAUUUGAUUCUCAAAUAGGCUACAAUUGGUUUACCAACAUGUUCCUAUAAAACAUUCACCAUUAAAUGCAAACAAACUUAUGGCACGGACAGGAGAUUCAUUUCUCAUGUUUUUCCUCAGUGAGGAGUCCAUCAGUCAGACUUGAGCCUAAUACCAGUAGUGACCUAACGAGAUAGACCUACACAAUAUCACAUGUGAAAUGCAUUCCAGAUUAAGGAUAUCAAAAUCUUAAGACUGUCGUUUUAUUAGAUCAAAAUAGUAUAUAAUAUUGAACAUGGAUAAGCUCGCUAAGUUCCCUAAUUUAAUUAAAAUUAGGCUAAACCUUAUUCCAGGACACAAUUGCGCUACCACACGACUGAGAAAAUAUUUCAGGAUUUAUAAGCUCGUGUAUUCAUUGGUAACUUCCGCCAAAUAAAUUGGUUACAUUUUCUUUAGUGAAUUUAAUUCCUGUUCAUCCACGGUCGUGUCAUAUGCACACAUUUGUUCAAUUCGUUUUAAUGGCACAUGAAACUUUAUAGGAGACUACUCUUAAAAUUAUUUUUUUCAAUCUUUAAACUACCUACCAAUUGGCUAUGGAGCAUACAUAUGCUUCUGGCCUUUACUGCGCACUCGCAGUCAAAUUCAAAACAUCAAAUUCAAUCUUAGUACUGUACUCGACAAUUUUCAGUUACUGUUAGUCUACCUCUUACAAUACUAUAUUUAAGCCCUACAUGUCUUAAGAGAAAAAG